AUGGAUAUGUGGCCAUAUAAGGUCAAUUACAUCCGCACAAGCAUCCUAUCCCUUUGUUUACUUGCUGCUGCGGGGCAGGGGAUGCAGAGGGAUAGCUCCCUCUAUGUUCCUCUGAACAUAGAGGGAGCUCCUCUAAAAACAGAGGGAAGCUUCUUCCAUGGCCUCCAACCAGCUGCGGCCAGGGAAUUCCCAGCCCCCAGCUGCACAUCGGUCUCCACAGCCUCCCCGGGCUCCAGCAGUUUAUGGACCCUUGACAUCAUCGCGGCUAAUGCAGCAGCAUUGAACAUGAGGAUCAGCCUCCUCUCACAGGCUGCGGCUGUCUAUGGACCUGUGACGUCAUCACGUCUAAUGCAGUUGGACAUUUCACCACCAGAGUGGAGGGCGAGAGAGGUGAGCAGUCACGGCGGCAGGACUGACAAUCAGCCCCUGAAAAUGCGCUGCCAGAGUUGCGCGCUGGUGACCAGCUCCGGGCAUCUGCUGGGAAGUAAACUGGGAAAUAAGAUCGACCAGACGGAGUGCGUGAUACGGAUGAAUGAUGCCCCCACGCGGGGCUACGGGCAGGACGUCGGCAACAAAACCAGCCUGAGAGUGAUUGCGCACUCCAGCAUCCAGCGGAUACUGAGGAGUCGCAACGAACUGCUGAACAUGAGCCAGGGCACCGUCUUCGUCUUCUGGGGCCCCAGCAGCUACAUGCGGAGGGACGGCAAGGGGCUGGUGUUCAAUAACCUGCAGCUCAUCAACAAGAUAUUACCUCGACUGAAAGUGCACACCAUCACCCGCCACAAGAUGCUGCAAUUCGAUGAACUUUUCAAGAAGGAGACGGGAAAAGACAGGAAGAUCUCGAAUACUUGGCUCAGCACCGGAUGGUUCACCAUGUCCAUCGCAUUAGAACUCUGCAAUACCAUUAAUGUGUACGGGAUGGUCCCUCCAGAUUUCUGCAGGUCUCCCAAUCACACGACAGUGCCCUACCAUUAUUAUGAACCCAUGGGACCGGACGAAUGCACAAUGUACAUCUCUCACGAGCGGGGAAGAAAAGGAAGUCACCACCGCUUCAUCACAGAGAAAAAAGUUUUUGCCAAUUGGGCACGGACCUUUAACAUCAACUUUUUCCAACCAGACUGGAAACCAGAAGCACAUACUGGAAAACACUUACUUGUGAAACCAAUGUUCUGAAGAGAGGGGGACUGAAACUGAAGGCGGCAGC